GCCGCCUUGACAAUGCUCGCCGCUCUUGCAGCUCAGCGUCACAUCAACCCAACAACCUUUGGCUAUGUAAUUACCUGGAGACGGCUCGCAUCAACUGUCCGGUCUUGACCAAGGAGCACAGGGGUUGGUAAACAACAACCCAAGAUUUAAAAGGUUCAACCGCCAUCUGCCGUGGUUCUUUGCUGCCCCUCUUGUCUUGGAUUCCUUGGAUUUUUUUUCUUCCAAACUUCACGGAGCACGCGACAGCAAAACUCCAGAACACCGCCAGUCGCAAUGAGACUCUCGUCGACCCUCUUUGCCGCCGUCGCGGCGCUCCUGGUGCCCGGAUCUCUGGCCGCGGACCCCAGCAAGUGCAACACCAGCGACAAGGCCCGCGACGGCGCCGACUUCGUCUUUGUCGAGCAGGCGGAUAAUCCCAACGUGGCAUCGUUGGCCAAGAAGCUGAAGAGGGUCAACGUCAGCGAUGUCUUCGAGGAUGCCAACCACAAGAUGACCACCGACAGCUCCGGCCGGAAGCUUUGGCAGAGGACGUCCGACUUCAACGACUUCGAGACGGAGAAGUGGAUCCCGCAGGGCAUCUCGUCCACCGCCGACGCCGUGGAGGGCGGCACGUACGAGGGCAAGGACGGCUGGAUCGUCAGCUGGCACCGCAACGACGACAAGAGCGCACGCGUCACCUUCGUCGACCGGGCCAACGACAAGUACCGCCACGCCCUCCUGGUGUAUCCUCAUGCCGAGGACAACUUCCGCGAGGUCCCCAUCCAUGCCGGAGGUAUCAUGUGGUACGGCGACAAGCUCUGGGUGGUGGACACCACGAACGGCAUCCGCGUCUUCGACCUCGCAAACAUCUGGCAGGUCGACACGGGCGAUGCCGUGGGCAAGUCCGGCAGCAAAUACACGGCCGCAGGCUACAAAUAUGUCAUUCCUCAGAUCAGGUGGUACAAGUGGUCUUCCGACUUCUCCUUCCGCUUCUCCUUCCUGGCUCUGGACCGGACCGAGAAGGAGCACACGGUCGUCGUGGGCGAGUACCAGACGAGCGACAGCCUCCCGAUCCGGCUGGUCAAGUGGGCGCUGGACGAGUCGACCGGCCGGCUCAAGACGGGCGCCGACGGCAAGACGGCCAAGGCGACGUGGGCGUACUGCGUCGGCAUCCUGCAGAUGCAGGGCGCCGUGUCGGCCAACGGCAAGUUCUACAUCUCGACGAGCAACGGCAACAGCAAGGGCGACCUGUUCGGCUGGGUCCCCGGCAGCUACGCCUACAACAACGUCGGCUUCUAUCCGCCGCACCCGGAGGACCUGAGCUUCGACAAGAGGAAGAACCGGCUGUACGGCCUCACCGAGGGCAAGGGUCAGAGGUAUAUCAUUGACUCGGAUGCCAAGAAGGUCAAGUUCUCGUGAGGUGGUAUUAAAUAACAAGAAAAAUGAGCAGCUAAUUAUUACCCCAAAUUGGGUAGGAAGUCUGCCCUAGAUUUGUCUCUCUUGUACCGUACUGUA